UUGGAAAAUUGAAAAAGCUACGCAACCACUCGUCCGCUCUUCUCUCCUAAGUCAGUCAUGGAGAAAGAGCUACGCCGCGAAUUGACGUUCUUGCACUCCGGCGACUAUCUCCGCCACCAGAACUCCUCCGCGCUCCGUAAUCUUACCGAUGACAGUAACCCGCCAGUCAAGGAACUGAAUCUUUUUUCCGAUGAUAAGCAAUCAUAUGAUCAAGAGAGCAAGAAUCGAUCGCCUCGAUUGCCAAGUUUGUUCGCUUCGAGUUUAAAGAAUGGAUUGAAUCUUAUGAAUUCAAGUUCUGAAAAUGAAAAUAAGCCCAAAGAGGAUCUGAGUACUCUUCAAGUGAAAUUAGCGAGUUUACACGAAGAGAAUCGGAAGCUGAAAAGCAUGUUGGAACAUAUGACCAAAAACUACAGCGAUCUGCAAGGUCAACUACUCGUCGCAAUGCAUAGACAGGUACAAGGCCAGCAUCAAGAACAGCGUAAAGAUGGAGUGUCAAAUGGGAAGUCAAGUCCUAUAAGAACAGCCCACGAGUUGAUGGGACCACGGGCGUCUGGCCCAUUGGAAUUGGAUGUCAAUGAACCUUCUGCAUCUGACAAUAAGACUACGCAAGAAUUGUCAGUAUCUCCAGAAAAUACAAUGGAAGUUAUGUCAAAGGAACAUGACUUUGAAAGGAUUCAGAUUGAUCCAGGGAAACAAAUUCCUGUAGAAGAUGCAACUACUGAUCAAACUUCUCAGAGUUGGGGGGGCUCCCCAAAGAGUACUCCUACUAAGUUAGAUCUCGGAAAGGAGGAAGAACAAGCUCCCGAGGUACCUUUAAGGAAGGCCAGGGUGUCCGUUAGGGCCAGAUCAGAAGCUCCAAUGAUUAGCGACGGAUGUCAAUGGAGGAAAUAUGGUCAAAAGAUGGCCAAGGGUAACCCUUGUCCCCGCGCCUAUUACCGUUGCACCAUGGCUGUUGGAUGCCCAGUUCGUAAACAGGUGCAAAGAUGUGCUGACGAUAAAACCAUUCUCAUCACAACAUACGAAGGAAAGCAUAAUCACCCUCUUCCUCCAGCAGCCAUGGCAAUGGCAAACACUACGUCGGCUGCUGCAGCCAUGCUGCUGUCAGGUUCAACAACCAGCAAUGAAAGCAGCUGCAUAACAAACUCUGGGUACUUUUCUCCAUUUCCAUAUGCAUCAACAAUGGCAACCCUAUCCGCCUCAGCCCCAUUUCCCACCAUAACCCUAGACCUAACACAGGGCCCAAACUCCGUCCCUUUCUUGCGUCCCACACCUCCACCAGCCACAUUUCCGGUGCCUCUCCAUGGUUAUACGAAUCUUCUAGGACAAUCUGCAUUUGUUCCACCUCCAAAGUUUCCUCAUGCAUUACCGACAAUGCAAUUAGGGCAACAUCAUUCGUCCAUGGUUGAAACAGUUAGUGCAGCCAUAGCUUCUGAUCCAAACUUCACUGCAGCCUUAGCAGCAGCAAUUUCCACAAUUAUGGGAACACCAAGGAGUGGCAACGGGAAUAUUAGCAACAACAAUGGUGGAAAUAACAGCGCUGCUCCAAAUCUAUCAAUUCCUGGUGUGCCUCUUGGAUCUGGAUCCCCUCAACUUCCUCAGUCUUGCACCACUUUCUCCACUAACUAGCUAGGCUGAUAUAUAAAUUAAAUUUUGGGAUCACUUUUUUUAGUUAACAGAUGGCUCAGUGGCCAGACAGCUAUAUCAAUCCAGCAUAAUAAUCAGUUUUAUGAAGUUAAGAUCAACAAUGCCGUUGAUGGUUUGAGUAAGAACUCAUCUGGUGUUGAAUCUUAGCUUGCAUAUAAGCUGCAGCAAAGGAAAAUUUUCAGACUAUUGAUGAUGUUAUAUAUGUAAGUUAUGUUACACAUGUAGAGGUUAUAUAUACAUACCUUUUUGUUGUCCAUAUACAGUACUGCAAUAUGUAUAAUGUUAUUAUUGGCACAUCUUUGCAGUAAGCUGCAGUUAUUGAAAGCAUAGACUUCACUUAGUAUCAUUGAGGUUUUUUAUUUUAAUGAAUUUUGUAAUUUUAA